CUUGAACACACUCAUCAUCACACUGACACUGACUAAGCCGGCCCUGAAUUUAGAAAUUUUCAUUGUUUUUAAAUUUUAAACAUCAGUAUAUUCAAGAUGAGUGGGCACGUUGGCAAUCUUAGCGAAUCACAAGCAGCCUGCUUGGCACAGUUUAGACAGAAUGUGCAAGAUAUUUUAAAAGAACACCACGAUGAUUAUUAUUUACUGCGCUGGCUAAGGGCAAGAAAGUUUGAUCUGAAUAAAUCUGAAGCUAUGUUGAGAAAUCACAUUAAGUGGAGAGCUGUGAACAAUGUGGACACCAUCUUAGAAGACUUUGAGCCUCCAGAAGUCAUGCAGAAAUAUUACACUGGUGGCUUGUUUGGUCAGGACAAGGAGGGAGCACUCUUGUGGAUUGACCCCAAUGGCUAUAUUGAUAUGAAAGGCAUUUUGAUGUCGAUGAGGAAGCAGGAUGUGAUCAAAAGCAAAAUUUGGCUUCUGGAAGAAAUUUACAGGUUGUUUGAGCUCAAGACUAAAGAGCAAGGUCGACGGGUAGACCAGAUGGUGAUUAUCUUUGAUUUGGAAAAGUUUGGGCUAAAACAUUUAUGGAAGCCUGGUGUUGAUGUGUUUACUGAGAUUGUGGCCACUUUUGAAGACCAUUACCCAGAGACUUUAAAGAAGACCUUCGUUAUCAAUGCUCCCAAAAUUUUCCCAAUCGCUUACAACUUGUUACGACCUUUUCUUAGUGAGGAAACUCACAGAAAAGUUACUAUAUGUGGGUCAAACUUUAGAGAAGUUCUUCUACAUCACAUUGACCCAGAUCAACUACCUCAGCACUGGGGGGGUACAUGUGUUGACCCAGAUGGUAACCCCAGGUGUCCCUCUAAGAUAAACCCUGGAGGAGAAGUCCCCCAGUCCUAUUACAGACAGAAUGACCUGACAGAUUUAGCUGGUUUCACACAAGUUUCUAUAGGGCGAGGCUCUAGCCUUCAGCUUGACUAUGUCAUAGAGAAGCCAGGCAGUGCAAUAAGGUGGCAGUUCAAAACAGACGGGUUUGAUAUAGGGUUUGGUAUAUAUCUGCGUACAGAGGACAAGAGGCAGAAAGCUUGUGAUAUGGAUCACGUUCUUCCUUCACAGAGGGUUAAUAGUCACAUGAUCCCUGAGGAUGGCAUGCUGCAGUGUAGAGUUGCUGGAACCUAUAUAGUCAGGUUUGACAACACUUACAGUUGGGCCAGGGCAAAGAAAUUAUUUUACAUCAUUGAGAUUCUGGAGCCAGAGAGCUAUGACAUGCCUAAAGUUGAUUCUAGCGCAAGCCUCGCAUCCAGGGAGAGUUUCACUACAGGCAUCAAAUGAUCUCGUCUAACCCUGUUGGAGACUUUUAUUUAUUAUUAAAUAUUUAUAACGUGACAAGAGUUUUAUCUAUGGUUUUAACCAAUUUCAUUUUUGUCAUGUACCUAACAAACCAAUUGAAUAUUUAUUACUAAUUUUAUCUAUAUAAGAGUUUGUUGAGCUGAAUGUUGUUGCGCUUUCUUUUUUACAAAUAUCAUCUGUUUGAUUUUUAAAAAAUUUAAUCUUCCGGGUUUUUUCACAUUUUGUGAAAUUUCUGUAACAAUCACAAUUACAUAUGUAUAUCAUAAUCCAUUCCGUUAUUUUUAUACUUGAUUUAAAAAAAACAACAAAUGUGAUAGUUUUUUUGUAAAACAAUUGUGAUGAAUAUGUUUAAAAAUAUUUUCAACUAAUCUAAUGUUGCUUAAACAUGUCCAGAUGUUAUUGGUAACAAAACAAAUCUUUUUAAUUAUCUAUAUUUUGAGUUCUACCUCUUCAAUAAAUAGUGUUAUGAAUCCAGUUUCUUUUGUCAUGUUUUGUUUAUUAUUUUAGGGGUCUGGAGUUUACACAAUUAAAAUGGGCUGAACAUUAACAAAUUCCUGUUUUACCAUGGUUGACUGACCUUGCCAAUGAUGGACAAAACUGACCUGGUUGAUGCUUCAUCAACAGAAGUUGAGAGCUUUGGGCAAGAUUAAAACCACUUUGUUAAGUGAAUUUUUAUGUACCUUGUAUUUCAUGAAGAUAAACAAUAAUACCACAUUAUUAAGUGAACAUUCAGAUACCUUGUAUUUCAUCAAGGUUAAUACCACAUUAUUAAGUGAACAUUCAGAUACCUUGUAUUUCAUCAAUAAACAUAAUUUGUACCUGACCACUCAUACAAUUGACACCUAAACUCCUGGGUCAGUAAAGGUUGGCACUAAAGAGAAGUUUCUAUUAACAUAUUAUUUACUCAUUACUAAUGGAAUAGUGGUUAAGUAAGUCUAUUCCACUAUUAUUUUGUCAAUGUUAAUAGCAAAGAGCCAAAACAAAUCUGAAGUGUGUACUACUUAUUCCAAACGGCACAAAUGUUGUUAUAUACAUAUUUUUUGUAAUGCAAAUGUAAAUGUUUUGAGCUGCAAAAUGACAAUUGCUGAGACAUCCUGUAAUUUUGCUGUCUU